GAAGGCAAGAUGAAGUGUUUGAAAAGGAUCGCAAAGCACCCUACGAUUUCACUGCUAAUUUCAUGCACGACAUUGAAAGAGGUGAAGCAAAUACAUGGUCAGUUGGUGGUUAAGGGUACCCUCAACAAACCCCAUUUCCAUGGCCAAUUUGUUGCCACCAUAGCCCUUCAUAACACAACCAAUCUUCUUCAAUAUGCCAACAAGAUUCUCCAUUCCCAACAAUCCAACCCCACACUCUUCACUCUCAACUCCAUGAUCAGAGCCUACUCCAAAAGCUCCACUCCCUCCAAAAGCUUCCACUUUUACACCUACAUUCUUCACUCUAAUACCCUCUCCCCUGACAACUACACCUUCACCUUCCUGCUCCGCACCUGUGCCCAACUCCACCUGCACUUCACUGGCUUGUGUGUUCAUGCUGCACUCAUAAAGUACGGCUUUGAGCACGACCCACAUGUGCAAACCGGCUUGGUUUUCAUGUAUGCUGAACUGGGUUGCCUCAGUUCGUGUUACGGUGUGUUUGAAGGGGUUGCUGAGCCGGACUUGGUUUCUCAAACCGCCAUGUUGCAUGCUUGUGCCAAGUGUGGUGACGUAGACUUUGCGAGAAAGUUGUUUGAUGAAAUGCCUGAGAGAGAUUAUGUUGCGUGGAACGCGAUGAUUGCGGGGUAUGCGCAGAGUGGAAAGCCCAUAGAGGCUUUGGAUAUGUUUCGUUUGAUGCAAUUGGAGGGUGUGAAACUUAAUGAGGUGUCUAUGGUUUUGGUUUUGUUUGCGUGUACCCAAUUGGGUGCAUUGGAUCAGGGGAGAUGGGUGCAUGCAUAUGUGGAGAGGUAUAAGGUUGGGAUGACAGUGACACUGGGAACUGCACUACUUGACAUGUAUGCAAAAUGUGGGAACAUUGAUAAGGCAAUGGAGGUUUUUUGGGGAAUGAAGGAGAGGAAUGUUUACACUUGGAGUAGUGCAAUAGGUGGGUUGGCCAUGAAUGGUCUUGGUGAGGAGAGUUUAGAUCUUUUUUAUACUAUGAAACGAGAGGGAGUUCAGCCGAAUGGAGUCACCUUCAUUUCUGUCUUGAAAGGGUGCAGUGUGGUUGGAUUGGUGGAGGAAGGUCGAAAGCAUUUUGACGCAAUGAGGAGUGUUUAUGGAAUUGACCCCCAGCUUGAGCAUUAUGGCCUGAUGGUUGAUAUCUAUGGUAGAGCAGGGCGUGUAGAGGAAGCUUUGAACUUCAUCAAUUGCAUGCCAAUGAAGCCUCAUGUUGGUGCAUGGAGUGCUUUGCUUCAUGCUUGUAGAGUGUGUAAAAACAAGGAACUGGGUGAGGUUGCACUGAAAAAGAUAGUGGAACUAGAAGACAAAAACGAUAGUGCUUAUGUCCUUUUGUCAAAUAUAUAUGCUGAGUAUAAGAAUUGGGAAAGGGUGAGUAGUUUGAGGCAGACCAUGAAGGCUAAGGGUGUGAGGAAGCUCCCUGGUUGUAGUGUCAUAGAAGCUGAUGGUGAAGUUCAUGAGUUCAUUGUUGGGGACAAGUCUCACCCAAGAUAUGGUGAGAUUGAAUUGAAACUAGAAGAAAUCUCUAGGUGUUUAAGCGUAGCAGGAUAUGUGGCUGACACUAACCCUGUGCUUUUUGAUAUAGAAGAAGAGGAGAAGGAGGAUGCUUUGAGUAAACAUAGCGAGAAGAUAGCCAUUGCUUUUGGGUUAAUUAGUUUGAAGGAUGUUCCCAUUAGGGUUGUUAUGAACCUGAGGAUUUGCUGGGAUUGCCAUAAUGUAGCAAAGAUGAUAUCCAAAAUUUUUAACAGGGAAAUUAUUAUCAGGGACAGAAACAGGUUUCAUCACUUUAAGCAAGGCGAAUGCUCUUGUAAAGAUUAUUGGUAAACGAAUCAGCAUUAACAAUGAUUUUGUUUUCUUCAAACAUGUUACUUCUUUUUAGUAUGUGUAAAGAAUGUUCAAUUGCAUUUGAUAUCUUAUACAAUUUU